CACCUGCGCUCGCGACUCGACCAGCCAGUUACAUACUACACGCGGACAAACACUGACGCUUCCAAUUUCAAAAAAGAAGAAAAACGCGCCUUUUUAAAUUUCGAACUCUAAUUGUGUGUGCACCAGAACUGCAAUACCGGCUGGCGAGAUAUUUGUUCCUAUUUACCAAGCGAGCCAUCAGAAUGAUAACUAGCCGGCAUUGGGCGGGCGUCAUCGUUGGCGCCUUAUACCUGGCCAGUAUCGCUUCCUGCGCACAGGUCGAGGACCCUUGCAAGACCAAGACUCGCAUAGUCGCAGAUAACAAGUAUUGUGACAAGUACUGGGAGUGCGACAACGGGCAGGCGGUCCAGUACGACUGUCCUAAUGGACUGGUGUUCGCGGGGAAGCACAGGGGAGUGACGGAGGGGUGCGACUACCCGUGGCGGUCUAAUUAUUGCGAGUACCCGAAGGUUCAGAUAAACCCGCCCAUCGGCACGGAGCACUGCGACUGGCUGUACGGCAUCUUCGGGCACGAGACGUCGUGCACGCGCUACUGGACGUGCUGGAACGGCACCGCCACGGAGCAGCUCUGCAUCGGCGGGCUGCUGUACAAUGAGAACGCGCACUCCUGCGAUUGGCCCGAGAACGUGGACGGCUGUCAGAAACAUCCUCUCUGCAACGACGACGCCAACGGCAACGUGCCGCUGGGCAAGUCCUGCAACCGCUACUGGCAGUGCCAGGGCGGCUACCCGCGCCUGCAGCGAUGCCCCGCCAUGCUGGUCUUCGACAGACGGUCCCUGCGCUGCGUGGUGCCGCCCACGGAGGACUGCGACGUGCCCACCACCACCGCACCGCCGCCGGAGGAGGACGACAACGUGCCGCAGAACCAGCGACAGAACCAGCAGCAGAAGCAGCAGCAGCAGCAGCAGCGGCGGCAGCAGGACGAGUACCAGGAGAACCACCAGGGCGGCCGGCGACAGAACUAGACCGCCAGGGGCCUAGUAAAGUGAUUCUCACCGUGCGAGCAGUGAAGAGUAAAAGUAUGUCUGUAUUGCGCUGAUCAAAUACAGAAUCUUCUAGGCUAGUACGGGGUACAAGAGGCGCAGGUCAAGAUGUGACAAAACAAAAGUUCUCCGUCGCGCUCGCUUCCGAGGCCGCGCGAUGUGAUUACCCGAUGCAAAACUUUUCACACUUCUUGACGUGCGCAUUUUGCGGCCCGUGCUAGCCCUACAGGAAUCUACAGCGCGUGCACCACUACAAAACCGUAU